AUGACUGAACAUGAGAAAACAUGCCCUGCAGGAUGGAGGAUGUUCAGAUGUUCCUGUUACUUCUUCUCUACGGCAACUGCUUCCUGGGAUGAGGGCCGAGAGGACUGCAGGACCAGAGGAGCAGAUCUGGUGGUGGUCAACGAUGACCACGAACAGACAUUUAUCACCAAUUUCACUGAAAAAGCAACUUGGAUUGGCCUGAAUGACAAAGACGCCGAAGGGUCCUGGAAGCGGGUCGAUGGAACGCCCCUGAGUUUUGUGUUCUGGGCCGAGCACCAGCCCGAUAACGGUGGUGACUGCUCACAGUGCGGAGAAGAAGACUGUGCACACCUCAGAGGAGGAAACCUGUUAUGGAACGACAUUUCCUGUAGAACAUCUAUGCAGUGGAUCUGUGAAAAACGAGUCAAACAAGAGUGA